CUGCUUCCGGAAGAAGCUAAUUUGAUGGAGGGGACCCGCUUCACCUUCGAGGCCUUUCAAUUCUCAAUUUCUCUCCACUCUUUUCCUUUUCCUUUUCCUUGGGUGAGGUAAGUUUUGUCACGAUUCCCCAACGACGACAACGGCCGUAUCAGAUUAAAUACGCCAUGUAUUGGUAGUGGACCACCUCUCAUUUGCUUCCGGCAUUUUUCUUUUUUGCCAUGUCUUCCAGGGGCUUCACCUUUCCCCUCUCCAUGCGCUGGAUCGCUGUUUACGCCUUCGCUCUGGUCGCACUCUUGGGCGUUUACCUCGUUUCCUUUAGCGACGUCGGUUACCACUUUCGCAACCUCACUACCCACGUUGACGAUUCGCACAAUGCCCCGGCUACGCAACCUCCGCCCGCGACCGUAACAUCAAACCUUCCACCCCUUUCGUCGACAUCUCCGACCGGUGCAAACCCAGCCGCCGGGGACCCUGUGGAACCCCUGGAAUCUCCCAAGCCGGGCCAAGUCAAGAUCGUCGGCCUUGUCUUUUUCGGCCGCAGAGACCUGGUUCGCGUGUUGGAUUGCUAUCUAAAGCGCAAUCUCAGGAUCAACGGCGGACUCUUGGACGAAGUCGUCUUCGCCAUCAACACCGACAUCAAGGAAGAUCUCGACUACCUUGACAACGAGCUCCUCCCUUCCCCGUACUACCGCAAGUUUACGGCCACAGAUGAACACGGCUUCCUCGGACAGUGGUCCGCUGUCGACGAGCGCGACACCAUCUAUAUCAAGAUUGACGACGACGUUGUCUUCAUCGAUGAUGGUACCAUAGCCAGUGUCGUUCGGCCCCUCAUCGAGAAUCCUUCAUACUUUGCCGUCUCGGCCAAUGUGGUCAACAACCCCGCCCUCUCAUGGGUGCAUUACCACAUGGGUGUCUUCGAGCCUUACUGGCCGGAAAUGAUGAAGCCUUGGAAGCCUUCGUCGCCCUCUUCCUGGCGCGCCUCCGAGCUCCCUGCGUAUAAGGGACCCGCUGAGGGCCCCGACAACUUCGACAUCGACGGCUCGACCCCAGCCCCUUUCACCGGCCACCGCUGGCUCCCGGUUCGUCAGAAAGAAAAGGGCGAGACCGAAGACCCGACGAAAUUCCCCGCUUCGACACUCACAUACGACCCCUUCGGCCCGUCCUGGGACAACUGGGCUGCCGGGGCCCAACUCCACUAUUCCUUCCUCCAACAUCUGGAAAACAACGAGACUUCGCUUUACAAGUUCGGCAUCUGGGAUUGCCACUACGAUCGCGUUAGCAUUAAUUUCAUCGCUUUGCGCGGAGGGGAUAUCAUGGAUGCGUACCCUUUCACCGAGGAGGACGAUGAGUAUUUCCUAACGGUGGAACAUGCCAAAAAGAUUGGCAAACACGUCGUGGUGGCAGGCAAUGGCCUGGCCGUGCAUUUCGCGUUCGGCCCACAGCGGAUGGCGAACUAUGAGCACGGAAUCUCGGAUACGGACCUGUUGGGGCGAUACACAGCGUAUGCCAAGGAGAUGGUUUGCCCGUUCCCAAAGAGGGAGGUGAAGGCUUCGCCGCUGGUGAGGCCGUCGGAAAAGAGCAGGAGGAGGGGGCCAGGGAGGAGCAGGUGAUGGCAGGAUGGUAUGAAUUCUUUUUUGGAUAUGAUAAUCAAUUGGAGCCCGCAUAGACUCGGGGGUCAUGUACAAUAUGUAGAAGGGAAUAUGAUCUUCUUGAACAAGCACAUGCCAAACCGUUGCUAAUAGUGCACGAAGGUCUGUUAGGGAGCUGCUCAACUACCUUACCCGAGACUGCUUUCCGUCCUGACGUUGCCUGAUGGACC